UCGCCGCGAACGGUUAUAAAAUAAACGGAGAAGUCCCACCGGGGGUCCGUGAAGAUUCUGUGGAGAGAAUACUAUUGAUAUAAGGCGCCGAGGCCGAUACUGUAGUAAUCGAUUCGAUCAACUGACGAAAAGUUGUGUGAAAGUGACGGAAAUACGGAUUCGGAUUAGGAUCACACUCAGUUGUUACAUGGUUGUGAGAUGUAUAUGUGUUCAAUUGCUUAACGGUUGACAUUGAUGUGAAACUUCGGCAAAAAAGCAAGGAAAAAAGUCGAGUGCGUAUUAAUUAACUCAACAUACCAACGUUGUAAAAAGUGAAACCAUUCAUCCACGGCGUCAAAAAUAUUGCUAAACGUGAAACAAACAACCCAUAUACAAUUUGCAUAAAUUAAAGUGAGAAAAAAACAACCGAAAAAGUUACAAAAGUGUUACGCGCGUGUAUGGUUAAUAAAAGAUAAGCAUUCAGCCGCCAAAAAUGCUUCCAUCUCCAUGGAACCUGUUAAGUGCCGCAUUGGGUGUGCUGAUAAUUUCGCAAGUGAUACUGGCCGAGGCCGGACCACAGCUGAAUCUUCCCCAUCUGGGAUUGGUUGAUGGUAGGGCACAAAUAUUGCCCAAUAGUUACACCGAAUCACGUGAGCAGGACGAAGCCGAAGAAAAGGAGGACAACAGCUAUGAUAGAAAUCGGAGCGAGCGAUUUGGACCUCCUUACGGUGGCUUGGAUGAUGACGAUGAGAAUUACCCCCAAGGAAGAAGCAACGAUGAUCGGCUAGAUCGUCAAAAUAGGCCUUUUUCAUACGACGAUCGAACACGAUACAACAACGACGACAAUCGAGGCUUCGAUCGAGAUCGGGAUCUCAACGAUAGAAAUCGCAAUCGUUACACUUCAGACGUUGAGAACCCAAAUCUGUAUCAAAAUCGUGCCCCAUACAAUCCUAAUCCAGAUGAUCGUUUCAAUCCGAAUCGCAAUCUAGGCGAUCCGCGUGACCCAAAUCGUCGGCCCUAUCAGAACGAUGUUGACAAUCCAAACCUCUAUCAAAAUCGCAAUCCCUAUGAACCUGAUCAGAACAAUCGUUUCGACCCCAACCGGAGACCGAUCGAUGGAUUCAAUCCGGAUCGGCCUCAGGAUCCCUACGGUCAGGGUCCAUUCCGGAGUGCAGAGGAAGAACGUCGUUUUCGGGUGGAGAUGGAAAAAUUGCGGUCCAUUCUGGCGGAUAUCGAUCGGAAGAGUACCCUGGAAUGUUCUCUCAACGUUGGCGCUCAGUGGAAUUUCGAGACGAAUGUAAACGAAGCAAGUCAAGUGGAUGCGAUUGCGGCUCAGCAGCGGUAUAACGACUUCCAGCGUUUGUUGUGGGAUCAAAUGCAACGGAUCGAUCAGAGUAAAAUCUUCGACGAGAAGUUAUACCGCCAAGUAAGGCUAAUGUCAAUCAUUGGACCGAGCGCAUUACCACCGGACCAACUUGAUAGGUAUAAUCGAAUUGUUAACGAUAUGCUGACAAUUUUCAACGGAGCCCAGAUAUGCGCAUAUGAGCGUCCGUUUGAGUGUGGCUUGCGGUUGCAGCCCCAUCUGAAGGAUAUAAUGGCCAAGAGUCGUGAUUGGGAUGAACUGCAGUACACUUGGUUGGAGUGGCGACGUAAAUCCGGCAGAAACAUGCGGGAACUAUUCGAGCAGCUGGUAGAUCUAACCAACGAUGCGGCUCGGGUCAAUAAUUUCACGAAUGCUGCCGCCUAUUGGCAGUUUCCGUACGAGUCCAGAAACUUUCGUGAGGAGAUGGAGCAAGUUUGGAACGAGAUUCUUCCACUGUACGAAAUGAUCCACGCUUACGUUCGGCGAAAGCUUCGCGACUUUUAUGGUCCAGACAAAAUAAAUAAUAACGCUCCGCUGCCAGACCAUAUUCUGGGUGAUAUGUAUGGUCAAAGCUGGAACAACAUUCUAGACAUCGUCAUUCCUUACCCGGGUAGAAGUUUCCUCGAGGUUACGCCUGAGAUGUUGAAGCAGGGUUACAAUCCACUGGUGAUGUUCCAAAUCGCGGAGGAAUUCUACGUCUCGAUGAAUAUGAGUGCCCUUCCGCCGGACUUCUGGCUUACGUCGAUCUUCACUCAGCCACCCGACAGACCGAUUUUGUGUCAGCCGUCGGCUUGGGACUUCUGCACGGGUAAGGACUAUCGUAUCAAGAUGUGCACGACGGUGACCCAUAAAGAUUUCAUCACGGCUCACCACGAGUUGGCACAUGUUCAGUACUUUUUGAACUAUCGCAACAAUCCGAAAGUGUUUCGCGAUGGUGCCAAUCCGGGCUUCCACGAAGCGAUCGGAGAUGCCGUAACGCUUUCGGUUGCCUCUCCGAGGCACCUGCAGAAGCUUGGAUUGGUGCAGAAGAAUGUGGACGACACGGCGCACGAUAUUAAUUUCCUGUUUUCGCUAGCACUGGAAAAAGUUGUGUUCCUUCCGUUUGCGCUUGCGCUGGAAAAUUGGCGGUACGACAUCUUCGACAAAAAAGUCCGAAAGGAGCAGUAUAACUGUCAUUGGGUGUUGCUGAGGGAGCAAUACGGUGGGGUAAAGCCACCAGUUCUGAGGUCGGAACUUGAUUUCGACCCCGGAGCAAAAUAUCAUGUGGCUGCCAAUAUUCCGUACAUCAAUCAAACUAUCAAAGAAAAAUUCCGGAAUUUGUGGAUGUAGAGAUAAAUAUUGCAAGGAAGAAUGUCAGACAAGGAGUUGCCUCAAGCUGCCAGAGAGCUUCUUUUUCAUGUUGGACGAUCUUACUUAGUUCUAACUUCUUUAUUUAUAGCUAUUUGUGCAUGCAUAUUGUUCCAUUCCAUAAUAUUGUUCACGAGAUUUAUUUCUGAGUCUACUUUACUUUGUAUUGUAUCGGAUCGAUAGAAGAUACCGCUAAAGUUGCAUCUUUUUUUUUUACUAUUUCUAGCUCGAUUUUAUAACAUGUAGAAGGAAACAUUGGGCAGAAAGCAUCUAAAUAUGUAAUACAUUCUUGCAACCUCGCAAACCAAAAUCUGAGAUUUUGAAUUCGAAAUUUUUAAUCCUAAUUUAUAAUGCAAUUUUGGAAGUUUCCGUCUGAAGCCGUUAUCUGAACAUUUGGGAGUUAGAAUCUCGUAUUCACAUACUGGAAGAUUCAAUUUAGAAUUUGUAAUUUCAACUCGUAAUGCAAA